AAGAAUUUUAAGAAAUUAGCAAGUUAAGACUUGUUUUCAAUGUCCGUGCAUUGCCUUUGACGGAAACGUUGACCCUGUCAACAUGGCCGCCACGUUGGCACAGUGGAACCGGCUGCUUCGUGUGCGUGCGUUGUUUUUUUCUGUGGCAGUCGCUAGAGAUUUCCGGGACUUUUCCCUCAUCUAACAACCCUCUGCAACGGGAAAUACGUGUACGGAGAAGUAAUUGGACCCUUUUGCUACCGUUAAACCCCUCACAAUAUCGUAUCAGGCCCUCUGGCUAUGGCUCAAGACUUACUCGAAGAGGAAGGCAUUUUUUUUGAUGAAUUCAACAAACUACGAACACUAGAACCAGAUGUGAGCCAGAAGACUUCAGAACUCAAGGAAGAGUGCAAAGAAUUUGCCGACAAAAUCGGACAGUUUCAGGAAAAAGUUGGAAGUCUAAUUGAGCUUGUAGAUCAGUUGGCAAAAGAGACAGAGACCGAAAAGUUCAAGGCAAUUGGAGCAAGAAACUUGCUGAAGUUAGUGGCAAAGCAAAGAGAAGCACUGCAGCAGCAGCUUCAAGCGCUCAUUGCAGAGAAGAAGACGCAACUUGAAAGAUAUCGUAUUGAAUGUGAUGCCUUGUCUAAAGUGGAAUCUGAGCAGAAUGAGUUUAUCAACCAGUUUAUUUUGCAUUGAUUUAAGAAGCCAACCAGAACUGCACUAAUGAGGUUUUCAAAACAAUGCAAGUGUGAACAAUACAUUGUUCAGGUGGAAGUGUGGUUGCAUUACAAGUGUAAGGUCCUGAAACUUGCACUUAAACACAAUUUCCUGGUUCCCACUUUUGAAGUAUUCUUGAGAAAAAUGCACAACUCCGGAAUCAAUGGACAUCAGCACAUCUGGGUUUCCUCCCUUUUGAUGCCUUGCCAUGCCUUCUUUGCAGCUAAUUCCACUAUCUAUGUAUCUCCACAUCAAUUCUUAAUGCUGACAGAAUUAGAAAGAUGACUUCUGUAAUACAUACGGUACACACACAUAUAUACAUGCAUAAUGCAAACACAGACAUCAAUAAACAUGUUUGAGAUGAUAUGGUA